AUGCCAGAAUGCAUGCCCUUCGACCGGGCCACUGCUCGCCCACGAGGGCCGGUGCACGGCGUACUGCUUGCGUCGGGUUGGGCGGCUGUAACGCUUUGCAUUCGUCGCGAUGCGAUCCUCCUGCUACUGUAUCGACAAGGCUCUUUGUUGGCCACGUAUCGGCUGCGGUGCGACGCCUGCGAGGUGCGUGCGGUUGCGCGGCUCGUCACUCUGAGCGCGCCUGGCUCGCUGUUGUUGUGCGGAUAA